AUGUUUGUAUCAAACUUAAUAAACAAAUUUGGGUCAUCUGUACCAACCGUACCACCUUUGGAAAAGGAAGGUAACUAUUACUACCAUUACACACGUAUGGAGAAACGGUUGGCAUCUACACCAAUACCAGAGGUUGGUUUGGUGACCAAGUAUGUGGGUACGAGCAACACGACGUUUGCAUUGACCGAUUUCGAUGUAAAGGUAGAGUUGAGCGACGCCGCUUCGGUCAGUGUCUACACCCAACGCUACAAGAACAGUGCCACUACCCCAGUUGAAGCCGUCUACAAGCUGCCAUUACCACCCUUUGCAGUUGUCUCUAAUUUUGUGGUGACCUAUCAAGACAAGGUGCUAUCAGGUGUCAUUCAAGAAAAGGAGGAAGCUCUCAACACCUACUCUGACGCCAUUAGUAACGGUGGUCAAGCCUUUUUAGCCGAGAAGAGUUCCGACGGAUUCUUUUCAAUCUCUAUUGGUAACUUGCCACCCGGUGACGAGGUGACCAUCUCUCUCACCAUCGUGUCAGAGGUUGGAACACGUCUCCAAGACCUGCACUACUGCUUGCAUCGCUUCAUGUUCCCCAAUUACAACUUUAACUUCAACUUUGAAAUCAAGGUUGCUCUGACCACCAAUAUUGCCAAGAUCCAUGCCGACAAUUUCAAGACGUAUACUACCCGUGACGGCAAGACCGCCUCUCUCAAGCUCAACACCACCACUCGUCCAGCUCACAAUGUGAUUGUAGAGAUUACACCAGAGUUUGAUGCCAAUCGUCCAACCUACUUUGUCGAGACUGUCGUCGACCAAAAGGAGAAUAAGAGCAGCAGUGCCUUGGCCAUCAACUUUUACCCACAGUUUAAGCUCGAACCCGAAGAUAUCGACCAACGCUCUGAAAUCAUCUAUCUGCUCGACUGCAGUGGUAGUAUGAGUGGCGGUAGCAUUAACAGUGCCAGAAGUGCUCUACAACUUUUAAUGCGUUCACUCACUGAAAACUGCAAGUUUAACAUCUACCUCUUUGGCAGUAGUUUCAAGUCUCUCUUCCCAUCAUCGGUUGAAUACAACGAUGAAACUCUUGCAGAAGCAUCUCGUUACAUUCAAACCAUCGAUGCUAACCUUGGUGGUACCGAAUUACUUCCACCCGUAAAAUCUAUCCUUGCUUUACCAUAUGAUUCAAAAUAUCCUCGUCAAUUAUUUAUUUUGACUGAUGGAGAAAUUAGUCAAAGAGAUGAAAUGAUUGAUUAUGUUGGAAAGGAAUCAAAUACUACACGUAUUUUUACUUUGGGUAUUGGUGGUGGAGUUGAUAAGGAAUUGGUGGUUGGUUUAUCCAAGGCUUGUAUGGGUUACUAUGGAUUCAUCAAGGAAAACAAGGAUAUGGAAACUGAAGUGAUGCGUCUCUUGUCGAUUGCCAUGGAACCAACUGUUGCCAAUGUCAAGGUACACUGGGGUGACUUGGAUGUCGUCCAAGCACCAAAGGUCAUCCGUCCUAUUUUCAAUCACGAAAGAAUGAUGAUCUAUGCCUUGUUAAACAAGAUGCCAACUCAAAGCUCGUGUCCCAUCAAAAUCACAUGUGACGGUCCACAAGGCACCGAAUUGUCAUUUGACUUGGAAAUUGAUUUCACCGCUGCCAAACAUGACACCAACACUUUACACACCCUCACCGCCUUUGAAAUCAUCAAACAACUUGAAGAAGAGGAACGUAAGAGUCUAGGCGGCAAACCAAUCAACAAGGACAAGAUUGUAGAGCUUGGUAAGAAAUACCAUCUCGUGUCCAAACACACUAGCUUUGUUGUUGUAUCGGAAUCUGACAAGGUCACCACCGACACUAUGGCUCAAGUACAAGUCAUGAAACCUACUCCUACUCCUGCUCCUAUCCAACCACAACUUCAUGCACGUGUCCAUGGAAGUGCAGUCAACUUUAACUUUAACCAACAACAACAACAACUCCAAUCUCAAUCAUACCCAAUUGCUCCAGGAGGUGCUCCACCUCCACCACGUGCACCAAAUUCAUUCUCUUUUGGUGGUGGUGGUCGUGGCGGUUCUACUGCAUUGUUUAGCGCACCAUCUCGCUCCAUGUCCCCUCCCAUGUCCCAAUCCAUGUCCCAAUCCAUGUCAAUGAACACUAGUGCCUGUCUACCCCCACCCCCUUCAUUUGGUCAAAUGCCAAUCUCCUCAAUGUGUGACAUGUCCUUUGGUCCACCACCUCCACCUGCACCACCCUCCUACAAUACUAGUACGGCCUGUCCACCACCACCACCACCAGGUCACUCUUCUUCUUCUUAUUUUGGUUACUCAUCUCCAUCGGCUCCAGUGUCGUCAGAUGCCCUUCACACUCUAUUGGGAUUACAAAAGGCCAAUGGUAGUUGGAUCAAAUCAUCCGUCACCUCUGUCACCAUCCCCAAUGCUCCACAAGAAUUGGAAGCUCUCUUGGAUGUUUGGACUACCCUCGUUAUCAUUGCUCACAUUAAGAACAAAUUCGCAUCCCGCAAAGCAGAGUGGGAUUUGGUUCUCGUCAAGGCUACCAAGUUUGUUAAAUCACAAUUAAACAAGGCUGGUCUAUCUGACAAAUUAGGUAGUACUAGAGUAUCUCGAAGUUCACGUGAACUACAUCGUUGUGUGUUCGUAUGGCGUGAUGGAUUUUUAAAACAUUCAUCAAUUUUCAUUCAAAUUUCAAUUGAACAGCAUGUUGCCUGUGAGCGUGGGGGUGGACAAUACUGUUGCUUGGGAGUGCUAAUAUUUUCUCCAUAUGAUAGAGCCACACCUUGGUGGCCAUCCCUUUGUGGGGGUUAA